ACUCACCAACACGUUUGCCUAGGUUUUAUACGUGCGUUAUUUCGCUCACACCUUUUUUUCACCGAUUUUUCGAAAACCCAUUUAUUUUGCCAUAGGAUUUUUUUCUUUAGAACCACGAAGAUCUAAAUUGCUCACAGGUCACCCCCUCUCGAUUUACUAAGUUAAUAGAACACAACUUCAUUAGUGGAGAAGGUCUUGAUGACUUUUAUUUCGGUACAACAACUGGAAGAUUACACCGGAAGUGUGGGGAGCUCAUGGCUGUCGGUGUACGCGGGACGCUAACGUUAUUACAAAUACAAGGAUUUGUAAGGUGUUCAAUUUCAGUUGCACUGAAUUGAGAAUCGCCCUGAAGCUGCUGCAGGGACUGGAGUUUUACUAGAUUCAUUGAUGGAUCCGAAGGAAACUUCAACAGGCUCAUGGAAAUUCAGCAAGAAAGGUGUUGUACUUGGCUUGUCCAGAACCUCGAGGGCUGAAGGUCCAGGGAAGGUGUCCUUUAGCCCCCUGAAGAACAGCUCACUGGACAACAGUCUCAGGAAGACUGUGGGUGUGGAUAUCAAGGAUCAUCUGCCCUCCUACAGGAAAUUGUCUCCACACUUGGGAUUACCAUUGCAGCUUGAAGAUCAGACCCAAACUGUAGGGACCAGUGUCAGCCCUCUGGUUUCUGAAUCUGGACUGAGUCGGCUGGUGUUCCAGCGUGACACGCGCUCUGCACAGACUGUCAAACCAGCCAGCACACACUCUUCCAUGGUCAGUGAUACAUCAGUGCACUACAUCAAUGACCAAUUGGCUAUCAAUGUAGCGGUUCAUCCGGUACUGGCCACCUCCAAAGGUGCCAUUUCUUACUCACACACCCAAGAGCAGCAAGAGCCCGCCGUGUCCAGCCAGGAGGAGGUCCACCCCCUGAUGGAGACGCUGCAGAACUCCAGUCCCAGUAGUGCCAGCCAGCGGCUCGAGAGCUUGCGGCGACAGCAGACUGAUGAUAAGCUGGAGAAACUGAAAGAACGCAUUCGCAAGCAGCGUGAGCACCUCGAGGAGGCUGGAGAGAAGAAGGAGUCACUGGGCAGCUUGGAGAAGCCUCUGGGCACCUCUGGUCAAACCUACACGCAGUCCAGCAGCACUAUACCGUCUGCACAUGUCCGUAAAGUCAUCACAGCUCCCCCUGCUCCUGUUUAUAAAGGAUUCAACACCACGGAGAUUAAGAUUCACAGUUCUGAUGGGAAGAUUGGCCAAGAGGAGGACUUCACCAGGCUGAGACGGGAGAUCUACAAGGACCUGACACGCCAGCUCACAGGAGAGAGUACCAAACAGAAGGUGCGCUUCAGGGAGCGCGUGAAGGGCAAGAAGCCAGUCAAACCUGUUAGAAAAGUCCACAGGUCACAGUCUGUCCCUGACUCUGAGCCCAAGCCUGCAUCCAUCAGUACGUCCACAUGGCGUGAAGGGCAGAAGGUGGUGAAUAUGAUCCUAGGUCCUCCACUGCAGCCCCAGCGCACCUUCAUGUCGGAGUCUGGAGAGGCCAGGGGGCCCAGGACAGGUUUGGGGCCCCAGCGCACCUUCAUGUCGGAGUCUGGAGAUCGGAGGGCCAGGACAGGUAAUUUGGAGCGACCACCUAGCGGUGCACCAGUGCAAGAUAAUCUAAACCAAGGCAAGAAAGCUGAAGAUGGGAAGAGUCCUGUAGUCUCCUGCCUGCAGCUCUCAGCUGAUUUCCAAGGCAUCCUGGACGACCUUCAGAUGGAUCCGUCUCCUGGGAAGCAUGUGGAGAAGUUCGACCAGAAGCCCGUCACCUCUAGAGGAGCAGCGGCGCACUCCAGCUGCAGCGGAGUCAAUCACACCGGCGGUCCAGCCAAACCCUCCUCCUCCUCCUCCACGGAGGCCCUCAAACCCGAGCCGGCCAGAAGAAAGCGCCACUACGACUCUGUUGCGGUGCGCCAGUACAUCUCACGGCAGCAGACGGAGCGGCGACGGAGGCAGACGGAGGAGCGGCGCAGCCAGCAGGAGGAGUCGGACCGGAGGAACCAGAGGCUCCAGCAACUCUACAGGAAACAGAAGCAAGGCUUCACCAGGCCACCCGCUGACGCCACCACCACCACCCUGGAGUCUACACACAGAUCUCUGCUGGACACCUACACUAAACUGCUGCCAGAGCAGAGCCAGCUCGACAUGAUGGAGGUCCCCCUCUCUCCUUACAGCAGCACCUAUCAGCAGAGACCUCUGUACCAGCCCUCCAAUGAGUCGGAUAAGGAGAAUAAACAUCAAAAUCGACCCCGAAGUCCAUCCAGCAGUGACCUCUCUGUGCCUGAGCAGCAGCAGCCUCCAGCACCAAGGAAUGAACUAGGCUUACCAGCAAGGUCAUCCUGGGUACAACAUGAUAGGCAGUGCUCUUCACCAAGAGGAAGUGUGGCCAUCCCUUUAGUGACCUCACCUACCCGAACAUUUCCCCGGUGGCUGGAUGAAGAGUACAAGCCCUCUGCUCCCAGUGUCUCCUGUCUGCAUGCGUCAGCAGCUCUCCCCAACUCUCUAGCCAGCAUGACCAGCAGAGUGAGCCGUCUGGAGGUCUUGAAGUCUACAGCCACAUCCCUCUCCAACCGAAUCGAGAGUGAGGCCCGCAAAUUGCUACUCACCUGUAAGGGCGGCCAGAGUUCAGAGUUGGGUGCAGACUUGCCAAAUCACUGGGCUAGAGUGGCGGCCGGCUCUAGUAUUGGCACUGUGGCGAAGCCAGAAUCCCCGGAGGAGGAGAACAUUCAGAAGCUGCUGUGUUUGGGCCUGACCUCCUAUGAUGGACCUCUUCCUGGAGUGGGACAUUUGGGCGCCGCCUUCAGAGAAUCGCAAGAACGAGCGGCAGACACGGGAAAAGGUGCAAUGACUCCCGGCACUGCAGACUCCGUCUUGUCCAGGCAAAGGGACGGCAGCCUGAGGCAGGCUGAAGAAGAACCAAUCAUGUCCUCCCACCACCACCAUAACCAUUACGGCUCCAAUGAGAGCUCCAUCAGCGAGGGCAGUCUGGCGGAGUGGAGGGCCGCUUCCCAGCAGCCAACCAAACCAUCCUUGCAUGUCGCACUUCUAGACAUGGAGCGCGUUCAGCCGGAGAGCACUCCUUUGCACAACAUCUCUGUCUUCAGUAGUGGGACAGAAACAUGCAGACUGUUCAGCAGUACAAUACCUCAAGAUCUGGAUGCCAGUAUGGCUGCCUGGAGAGAACUGACCAAGGGUAGUCCUCACAGUGUCAUUAACAUCUUCACCAAGAAUCUCCCCAGCAGCAGCAGAGUGACUAAGGGAAGAAGUGGGAGAUCCAGUCCUGUGUCCUGCCCUGGUCAUCCAGAAGGCCUUUAUGAGAAUAACAUCUCCUCACCAGGCAGUAACACCAAUGGCCACCCAAUCAUCAGGACUUCAAGCAGACACAGCAGCAGCGUAGUAAACCACCAUGAAAGCAGUCCUCAAGAAGACUCGAAACGUCAGAAGUCAGGCACACAGUCCUAUUCCUCAGUGGGCUCUCCAGUAUCAUCUUCCUUCUCCUCUCCUAGUUUCCCAGACAUGGAUGGAAAUGUUGAUGUGACACUGGUGGGGGGUCUGGGCGGCGACUGGUCUCCUGUCAUCGAUCCUGGAUCUUUGGGCUCCGUGAAGGAAGGCGCUGCUGAAGGGAACUCUGCUCACGGUUCUCUUAACGGCUUGGACCCCGACAGCAGAGCGGGGAGUGCUUCAGUCUACGCGUCGCACAGCUUAUUUGUACACAGUAAGACCAGCCAAAGAAGGACGGUGUGCCCUCCGAGCUCCUCAGCUGCCUCUGGUCCUCCUCCAGCCUCCAAGGGCAGCGGCCUCACUGCUGGAGAUGAAGGUGCUGUGGAAUCAUCUCCUCCCAGCCGGGCCCUUCCCAGCACUUCAGCCAUCUUUUCAUCUCCUGCCCCCAGCAGUCAUGGUGCUGAACAAGUGGUGAACACUGCAAGUGGGCUGCAGUGUGCUCCAGGUGCCUUACAGCAGCGCAUGGCAGCAGAGCUCAUGUACCUGGACUCCAUAGAGGAGUCCAUACGACAGCUCAGUGAUGUGGAGCGGAUACGUGGCGUGUCCUUGGCUCAGCAGGAGGUCUUCUCCCUCGCUCACGUCCUCAAGUCCCAGCAACAGGCUCACGAGCUGGACCUGCACCGGCUGAAAGUCAAAACCCAGCAGGAAGCCUUCGAAUCUCAGAUAGAGCUGGAAAAUAUACAGCAGAGAGAAACACAGAUAGCCAGGGGUCUGAGUAUUCAGGCAUCCACCAGCACAUCCCACUGUGACGAGUCUCAAUACACCUACCAUAAGCAGAUCCCAACCUCCUCCAGUACUCUCAGCAGCGGAGGGCACAGUGUCAGCGGAGGGCACAGUAUCAGCGGUGCUCAGGGGGAGCUCCCCUCUUCCAUCAUUCGAGCAGAGGCGGGAUGUUGCUUGAGAAACUCUAUUGCUGGCAGUUCAGUUUUGGAGGAGGCCCAUCUUGCAGCGGACAAUUCCACUCGCAGCGACAGCAUACCCUCCCUUCAGGAUGACAAAGAUAGCAUGUCAGUGGCCACGGAGUACUCUCUGAAGUUUGACGAGUCUAUGACUGAAGAUGAGAUCGAGGAGCGAUCCUUCCGAUCGCUGCUGCCCUCGGAGUCACACCGGCGCGGUACGCUGGAGAACAAGCAAAGCCGGCACGAGUCGGAAGAAGAGCCCGCGCCCGACAUGGCUAUCUCUCUGGAUUCUUCCAAGGUGCUUCAGCCAGACAACAGUAUCCCGUUCUCCAGUGGGCAGAACAACUUCUCCAGGUUCACUAUGGACAUGGUGCGUCAGUACAUGAAGGAGGAGGAGGUGCGUGCCCAGCACCAGAGCUCUCUGCUGCAGCUCCGCCAGCGGGCACUGAAGGACAAGACUCGAGCAGAGCUGGCAUGGCUGGAACACCUCAAAAGACGUCUCAGGGAUAAAGGAGAAGAUGACAAGAUGCCACCGAUCAGGAAGAAGCAGAGAGUGUUGUUACUGAAGCUGCAACAGGAGCAGGCCGAGAUUAAGAGACUUCAGGAGGCCAAUAAAGCGGCACGUAAGGAGAGACGACUGCUGCUGCAACAACAGGAGGAGAUUGAGCGCAUGCACUCCACCACCCAUAGACUACGAGAGCGCUUAAAGAGUGCUUGCCAUCUGGAGUCCUCCAGCUUUGAGACCACAGAGGAGGCUGCCCCUUCCAAUGUGACCAUGACUGAUGCUAACUCACGCAGCGCCUCUCCAGUCUCUGUGUCGGGGAGUGAGACCAGCAGCAUCAUGCUGAAGAAGAUGCACUGCCACAUGGAUGACAAGUUCCUGACGAAGAGAGGCAGCAGUGAAGCAGCGCGGCAGCUACGCAGAGGGCUCCUGCAGUGGAAGCAGCGUCUGGACUCUGAGGAGAGAGAGAUCCGCAGGAUGGAGAGGCAGGCCGUGGCUGCCUGGGAUAAUGAUAUGCCUGAAGUCACCCCACACCAUAAAGAUGCUGUCGGGCCGGAUGCAUCGCCAGAUCUGUCAAUGUACAGUGGACCCUCCGACCUUCCCUUGCCUGAGAAGCCGACUGGGCAUUCUGAAGCGUCCCAAAGUCAACACAGCAGUCCGCAAGCAGGUGUUGCCUCGUCCCAGGAGUCUGAUAUCUCUGAAAGAAUCCUGUCUCCUUCAGGGGAAACUUCUAGCCUGUCCCAGCACCUGGAGGGUAGCAUGGGGCAGUCCCAGCACCUGGAGGGCAGCGUGAGGCAGUCCCAGCACCUGGACGGCAGCAGUGGGGGCAGCGUGGGGCAGAUCUACUCUACUGACCACAGGACUAGUGAUCAGAUCUCAUCUGGGAAAAAGUCAACAUCAGAUCAGAGCAGUAUUGAGAGCCGGAUCUGGGCUCUGAAGGAGGAACUGAGAAAGCGCAAAACUGUUGUGCACCAGCUGAAGAAAGAACAGAAGAAACGCCAGAGAGAGCGCCUGAAGGCUCAGGAGGCCAAUCUACUGAAACAGCUAGAGUCAUAUAAUGACUUCAUUAAGAAGACCAAAACAGAGUUAAGUGAAGACCUCGAAAGCACAUUGACAACUAAACCAGAUAUCAAGAAGCUUACAACAGAAAAACCAAGAAUCAAACCAUCUCCAUCCCAGAGAUCAGAAGCAAGCAACAACUUAAAGUCUCAGGAAACUGACAAGACCAUCUCAGAUUUUCAAGAUAAUAGUGGGGUUUGUAAUGUUGAUGUUGAAACCACAGAUGACGAGGACUCUUUCUUUGAAGACGCGUCACGCAAAGACUCUUUGUUUGACGGCUCAAAGGAUCAAUUGCAGCAACAAAGCCAUGAAGUUGAUGGCGGCCAAAAAUCUGAUCAACUGUUUUACACCGGAGACAAAGGCCACUUUGAUCAAACCGAUGGAUCUUGUGAACUGCAAAACAAGCAAACCACGUUAGAGAAAGACUCUGUGACACUGACUAACUCUGACCUCAUUAUUGAUCGCUCCAAAGAUGAGAGGUGCUCAUUAAUCAGUGGAGAAAGCAGAGCUAUAAACCUGGAUCGUGCUUCCACGGAUAACCAAAGUGUUCUUCUGUCUGCCAUGGGGAAGUUCAACUUGAAAGACCAGGCUCAGGAAGCGGAGCCUUCUGCUCUCCUUGACUCAGUAGACAACGAGAAGGGUGUCUCGGAUACCAAGAUCUCUACUGAUGAAAAGUGUGAUGUUUCAAAGCCUUAUGAGAAGGAAAGCUUCGGCACAUUUGCAGAUCAGCUCUUCAAGAACUUUGUGUCAGUCAACGUGGAGCAAUACCAACAGAUACAAAAAGCUAAAGAAAAGAAGAUACAGGAUGCCAAUUUGAAGAAAGAUGAUUAUGGCUGCUUUACAGAGACACACAUGCCUUCAGCAACCAUAAAGAUGGAUACGUUUCCUUACUUUGAUGACGAGGAAGAGGAUAUAACAUCACCAGAACUUUACAACCAACAGGAGAGUCCUGUGUUGGAUGCAUCUGGGCAAUUGGAGUUGGCUAAACGUUUGGCUGAGCUGGAACUCAGCCGAGAACUGUUGGAUGCUCUAGGAGAAGAACCAGAUUGGUUUGAAGAGGAUUUCGGUCUUAGUUCUAGGAAAGAGCUAAGACAGAAACAGCUCCACCUGUGGCAGGAGGGAGGUAUUCCAGGUACUCUGAGCUCAGCACCAGGUGAGCAGGUGAAGACUCCUCCCAGGCCAGAGCUGCCUCUUCAGGCCAACAGAACCCCUGAGAGACCCGUCAUGAUUGUGCCUCACGGCGUGAUAGAGAUGGAGAAGCUUGUGUACGCUGCCACUCAGGAGAUCUGGGACAAGUGCAGAUUGGGAACGGGUAAACCACUGGCUGGAUCCCCCAGACCCCAGGCUUCGGUUGGGUUCUUAGGAGGGGAACCCGAGAGUGAGGACCAGGACACUUACUGCAAGCAAAGCUACAAACAGGCUGUAUUUGAUUUAUCGUGGGAGGUCAUCAAGGACGUAUUUGCCAAGGAUCAUAACGCAGAACAGCCUCAGUGGAAGAAGCCUCAGCGCAUCAAGUCGUCCCACUUUCAUGGAGUCAAAUGCACAGAGGACAUCCAAACAGUUCAGUCAUUUCUCACAGAAGAGGUGUUGAAGUUGUAUAACUUGAAGAGGGAGCACAACCAGAAGACCGACUGGCAGAAGAUGCUGAAGUUUGGCAGGAAAAAGCGUGACCGAGUUGAUCACAUACUGGUUCAGGAGCUGCAUGAGGAGGAGUCGCAGUGGGUGAACUAUGACGAAGACGAGCUGUAUGUGAAGAUGCAGCUGGCGGAUGGCGUUUUUGAUGCCUUGUUAAAGGACACGGAGGAUGUGUUGUCUCAAAUUCAGGAGAGGAGAUCCAUCAGAGCCAUGUCCUCCUGAUAUCCACACGUCCUUAGAAGAACACUUCAUGUCUCCUUCCAGAUCAAUGUCCCGUCUGUGGAAUAGGUUCUAGGUCCUUUGGCCACAGAUAAACAAAAACGAUGUUAACCUGACCUGGUCUUUCAAUCUUCAGUGUGUAGUUGGCUUUAUUACACCAAAACAGACCAAAUGAUUCUUGAAAUGUUCAACAGCACACUUAUGUAAUCAUCAGAAGACAAAACAUCACAUGAACUUUUAACAUGAGAGGGAAAAGGGGCUGUUAACGUUUUGAAGUCCAUGGAGUGAUUAUUUAUCAUUUAUAAGUUAAGUGAGGAGAUGGAGAGGUUUUAGAAAGGGGCUGUCAAAACGUUAAUAUAUGAAAUAUCUCAUGCCAAAACGUCACAUCUGUUUCUUACAAUGUGAACUCUCCCUAACAGUCUCUUGAGUUUUUCUCCUGAUUAAAAAGGAAACAGGAGAAACACGACAUCAGAUUAAAUGUCAUUAUUAUCAUUUAAUGAGGUCUGGUGACAUUGUCAUUAACCUCAGCCUUUAAAACAGCUCUCCUGUGUUCAGUGGUCUCAUGUCAGCUGAGUUUGAUUUCUGCCCAUCACUGGUGUAAUUAUGUCUAGAUUUGUCAUUUGUAUUGAUCUAUUUACCUGUAUAAAAUGUGGAAUUGUUAAAACCUAGGUAAUGUUAAUGUUAGAACAGGCCCCUGUCCUGGUGGUACAGCUAAUGUGGUUGAACUGCACACAAGGCAGGAGUUAGGGGGGUGUUUUUGUAUACUGUAGAAACAAUGGUGAUCAAGGGCUUCUCUUUUUUAUGAAUAAUUUGGGAACUUAAGCCGUGUGCUGUUGUGUAUACAUACAUAAUACAAUAAUUCUGUAUUAUGUAAGCAUUUAGACGACCUUGGACGAUAUCCUGAGAUGCUGCACUUGUUCUCAUUCAAAUCUGAUCAGUCCUUAAUUGUAUACUGUGUUCAUAAAAGAAAUGUCACCUGUAGAGGUUUGAACCUUUCUCUCUGAAAUGGAGUUAUGAAAAUUGUAUGAAAAGUUGUUGAAA